AUGCGUUUCGCUGCUUCCGCUGCCGCCUUCGCUGGCGUUGCCAUGGCCUAUGGCAUCUCUGAGGCCCCCGUCGAGACCGAGUACGUGACCAAGUACUUCACCGUCACCUCUUGCGAGCCCACCUUCCCCGACUGCCCCGCCGAGUCGACCAUCAUCACCUCCAGCGUCGCCGCCUUGACCACCAAGACCGUCUACGAGACCACGCAGUUCACCAUCACCAGCUGCCCUCCCGACGUCAUCCAGUGCCCCUCCGACUCCACCGUCGUCAUCACCGAGACCAUCGCCACCAGCACCACCGUCUGCGAGGUUGAGGAGGAGCCCACCGAGUACCCCGAGUACCCCGAGCCCACUGGCUGGCCCGAGGAGCCCGAGUGGCCUGAGGUCCCUGAGGUGCCCGAGGAGACCUCGGCCCUCCCCGAGGAGCCUGAGUAUCCCGAUGUCACCUCGGCCCUGCCCGUCGAGCCCAUCCCCACUGAGGCUCCCGAGGAGUGCCCCGGCACCUCGAUCAAGACCAUCUCGACCUCGAUCACCACUGUCAUCCCCACCGUGAUCUACGAGACCAUCGAGAUCCCCUGCCCCACCAGCUCGCCUCCCGUUGUGGUUCCUCCUCCCGUCGUCCCCCCUCCCGUUGUCCCCUCUGCCAACGGCACCAUCCCCGCUGUCCCCUCCGCCUCCCUCCCCGUUGAGGCUGGCGCUGCCGGCCUGAGCGGCUCCGUCCUCGUUGCCGCCGUCGCUGCUGUCGCCGCCUACGCUUUCGCGUAA